CCAAUUGCAACUGUCAAAAUAACAUGAAACGUCACUUAAUUUUGUGAGUAAUCAUUUCAAUUCUCAACUUUUGAAUUUGUUUCAAAUAAUAAUUGUUUUUGUUUAUAAAAUUGAAAACAUUUCAUUGAAAAGCAUUUCUAAGGUUAAUUUAUAAAAUGACCAAAUCAGAAUACACACAGUUAAAAGAAGAGGUCAUAAAUAAUCUCGGAAAAAGUGAAAACCAUCGUCAUUUGCUGCAUAAACUAAAAGUGUAUUAUAAAGACGAUAUUGAUUCUGAACGUAGAUUCGAACAGAUUAAUACUAUAGGUAAAUUACUCAAAAUUUUGGAAAUCAGAGAUGUUCUUUCCGAAGACAAUAUUGGACCUCUAAAAGAAAUUGCUCGAAAUCUAAAUAACAAUGAUCUUUUACGUAGAAUAUCUGAGUACGAAAUGAAUCAUGUUCAAAGAGAAUUUAUAAAUUACUAUGCUCUUGAAAACAGUUCACCGGUGACAUUUAAGGACACUAAGCAAACAAGUGUAAACAAUCAGUUUUCAAUACCUUUAGACAAAACUCAGAGAAUGAAGGAUAUUAUUGUAGAGGAAAUUGGCCAAUAUUGGCGUGCCCUGGCCAGAAAUCUCAAAAUACGAGAAAUUACAAUAGAAGAUAUUGACUCAAAACAUCAAAAACUCAAUGAAAAGGCAAAGGAAAUGUUAGACAUGUACUUUGAACGCUGUGAUAAGCAAAGGUGGUAUAAUGCUUUAUGCGAAGCUUUGGAGAAAUCACGCAGAAAGGAUUUGAGUAGGUCUAUUCAAGAAGUUAUGGUCAUGAACCUAUAAUAUAUAAAGCAAUUAUAUUUUGUUACUAGUGGACACCCGCAACGUUGUCCGUGUGAAAGUCAAUGUACACUUACAACUACCCUUACCCUACCCCUACCCUACCCAUGGCUGGCAUAGAAGGCUGCACACACAAUGGAAGCCUAAAAAAAAUAGAGUAACUUCUCCCACAAACAUUUUCCCAACAUUUCCCUUCACUGUUCUGCUCCUAUUGUGAUUGAUAGACGAAAAUUUUUGGCAUCAGUGUCAAUCGCUAAUCACCCCCUGAUAGUUGUUUUGGAAUUAUAUUUCAUGUAUGGAAUUGACCUCUUUACAGAUUUAUUAUAAGUAUAGAUAAUGAAAACAAUUUUCAUUAACAACAAUUUAUUUUAAGAAACUUAACUAGGUAAUUAUUUAAAAUAAUUAUGUAAAAACAUAACUUUAACAAUGAUUACAAUUAUCAAGGCAUUUGUUAAAUUUUAUUUGUAAAUAUUUAUUCCAUUAAUAUUUUUCAAUAAAAAAAUGCAUGCAUAA